AUGUCAGACCCGUAUAAUUGAGUGAAUCAACAGAAGCUCUCUUUUCAAGCCAAUAGAUUCUCUUCACCCAGUAACGAUAGAUCAAGAGGAAAUGUCAAAGAAAGAGCAAACCCGAUCACAACCAACUCGGCUAAAUAUACGACUUCAAGCCUUACAUCUUCUUUUGGACCGAAUAGACGAUUAAUUGCUCAAAGAAGUGACAAAGCUUAUGAGACGUCAGCUAGUAAACCCAAGAAGAGUUUAUAUUCUAAUCUUAUCUUAAACGGCAAUUCCAUGAAUCAAAACAAGAAAUCCUAUGUUCCCAAUCAAACAUUCACUAGAAUGAAUGGAAGCGACCAAGAUUAUAGCAGAGACUCUAUAAUUUCAGAUAAUGAUAUCUUAACAUCAAAAUUGGGAAGUAACAAUCAGCAGAACCUAAAAAUUAUUGAUGCUAGUAAAACUCAUUCUGAAGGAGGCUUUUUCCAAAGUGUCGGUAAAAAGAUAAAUAAGGUUGUUUCAAACUCUUCAAGCAAGCCAAAAAUUAAUUCUCAAUUCUUCGGUCAAAGGAAUUCCAAAAAUGUAAAAUACAAGCAAGAAUCUAUAUAAAUCAGCAAAGAUGGCAUCCUAAUCAAAAGAAUUUCACUAAAACAAAACUUAACAAAAGAGCUGAAAGAGAGCAAUCAAGUGAUCUUAAGAAGAAAAAACCUAAGCCAAAUAACAAUGAUUCAAUUGCUCAAGGAGCUUAUUCUGCAGCUCAACAAAUUUCAAAAAAUAAAUGAAGGAGUUAUGUCUUCAAAGAUAGCUCCCAAAAGAAUGAACAAGGAGUUUUUGUUCGAAAUUCUCGAGCUUCCACUACCUAUGGAUCUGGAAGUAAUCGAACAAAUACUUCUGCAGGGCUCAAAAGGAGCACAAAUAACACUCUAGUGAAUACGAAUCAUUCAGAAACAAGGAAAAUUGCUUUGAGCAAUAUCGAGCGGACAGAUAUUGGAAAUACGGGUAUUAAAGACCCUAACAAUAUCAUUAAAGAAAUCAAUAGCCGCAGAAUGUCUACAGAAAAGUUAUAGGCAAAGAAUUCAUUAGAACAAUUGCCAAGAACAACUCAAAAGCUUUAAAGUCCCAAUAUGGGGAAACUGAAAGUAUUGACAAUAGGAUUAUGAAUACCUUCCCUACUACCCAAACAUGAUUUGAUUUUACUAAGGAAAAGAAGAGCAAUGGCACUAAUAUCGUUAAUAAUGCACUUCUUCAGAAUCAAAAGAUAUCUUCAUCUACUUCAAACCUUGACAAGGACAAAAAUAGGAGAGAAGAAAAAUUUUUACAUGAAAGUAGUAUCAGUAAAAGUGAUAAUCCGAAAAUUGAAAAGAAGCAAGUGUGGAGCUCAAUUGGGCCUAAAAUAACAGCAAAGAGCAUUACUGAUCAAUUGCAUACAAAUCCUAAAACACCAGAAAUUGAUAAAGACAGAGGUAAAAUUACUGAUGCAAAAUUAUGGAGUGUUCAGAACUCAACCAGUAAUAUUAAAUCCAGCUCAACUGAAGCUUCCAUAAAAGACUUGAUCACUAUUCAUGUGAUUGAUCCAGUGACAAGAGUCAAGAAAGAAUUCAAAUGAAAUAAAUACAUUCUCCAAGACGAAAUGAAAUGAUUUACAAAAUACAUUAAAUCUCUAGAAAAAGAUAGGAAUGGAAAGAAGAAAGACCUAGAAAUUAAAGGAAUUGAUGAUUUAGAAAUCACAGUACAUUGUCAAAUUCACAUCUUCAAAUGGCUGAUGGAUUACCUUAAUGAUCCAAAAGGCACUUUCAAGUUGAAUUUCAAAUAACAUACAUUCAAUCUUGAUGUCUAGUGAUUAUCUUGAAAUGCCAAAGUUAGCAGACAUGUGUCUUGAAUACAUUGUUGAUAACAUUAAACACCUCCUGCUGCAAAAAGAUCCAAUUCCUACUUACAAAUCCCAUAUUGCUAAAAAUAUAGCCAGAAAAUUCUGUGAGAAGCAGAUGGAUGCAUACUUGGACUCUCUGACUGAUGAAAAAGAUAUGAUCCUGUCAAGACUUUUCAAGAAGAAGUUAGAACUCUAUUUUGAAGAUUCAAGAAAUAUGCUAUUCAAAUGUAAACUCUGAAAUGAGCUUUACACAGAAGCUCAAAGAGAGGUUUUUAAUUGCCCUUCAAACUCUAAUUUGUCUAUUGGUCAUAGAGGAGAACUUAAAUCAUUGCAUAUGGCAGAUAACCUCUGGGAUCUCAAUGAGUUUGUAAUGCAACACAGAGAGAAUAGAAUGCAAUGGAAAGAAAUUUACUGGAAAAUGUGGGCUAGAACAAAGAUAUUUAAGUGCACUCACUGAGACAAGUAUUUUAGACCUAUUGAUAUGAAAUAAAUCAUGAGCAUUUCAUCUUGAGAAAUUUAAAUACCUUUAUGGUGAAAACAAAGGUACUUAUGGCUGUUGUCAAUAUGAAGUGAAGCAAUUUGGAAUUGGAAUAACAAUAGAUGAAGUUAAUACCCCCAAUAAUAACAAUCAAAUGGGCUCUAACACUCCCUCAAUUCCUCCAAUAAAAGAUCAUAGAAACAAUGGAUGACAAACCAGGGAUCAUGAAACUAAUUUGAAAAUUCCAAACUAUUUAUCUCCAGGAUCUGAUUCAAAAAGAGACAGUCAUAAAGAUUGGAAUUUAAUAAGUUUUAAAGAGGAUCUAGAACAUUUUAACAGGAAUAAGGAUCUUAUACUAAAAGAAUCUAAAAUUCCAGAUGUAUGAUCAAUCGCAAAAUUAUCCAAUGCUAACUUGGAAGAUAACUUUGAAGAGCUUGAUGAUAUUUUCAUUGAAUUUAAAUCUAGAUAUGUAAUAGAAAAAUCUAAACAGAUGUUUUCAGGGAAAAUGAUUAAAUGUGAAGAAAGCCAAAGCAAUUCUUGUAAUGUAAAGAAAUUAAAAAACAAGAAAUAUAACUGGAGAAUAGAUGCUUUAAGAGAUGAUGAUAGAUAUUUCAUGAGUAAUCUUAUGAAACAGAUUAAGUCAAAAAGGCAAUAA